UGUUUGUUGCCAUGUUCAUCCCUCUUUGCUUGCUUGUGGAAGAGCAGAAGAGAUGCACAUCUGGUCUCUGCUACAUUGCUCAGUUUAUCCUCUGGGUCUGUUUGUGACCAUUGAGAGAAGGAGAAGCAAAGCUGGAGGUUGAUUUUUCAUUAUGGGACUUUUUUGCAUCUGCAGUGUCAGAAUGGAAGGAUUGGUGGUGGCAGCCCUGAGCUGUGAGACCUGGAGGAGCUCCCUCCUGGACUGAGGGAGAACCAUUAGUUUUCUUAUCUGGAGCUGACAAAAAAAAUUAAAUUGGAAACUGCUUUCAUAAGACCUGAAUGGUGCAUUCCUUUUCUCCUGGAAAACAUCCAGCACAUUUGGGGAUAUAAAAGAAAAGUCACAGGCAAAAGAGAAGAGGAGAACUCGUUGGUUUGUGUUUGAGCUUAAUAUGUGAAUGGUGCAAGAAGAUGUGAACAAGGGUUUCUGCACCACAGGGAUGAGGAAGCCUCGGAGGAGGUGCCGGCAGCACUUGGAGGGGAGGCGUUCUCCCUCGCCCUACAGCCUCAAGUGCUCCCCCAGCCGCGAGACGCUGACCUACGCCCAGGCCCAGCGCAUUGUGGAGGUGGACAUCGACGGGCGGCUCCACCGCAUCAGCAUCUACGACCCCCUGAAGCUCAUCACCGAGGACGAGCUGACAGCCCAGGACAUCACCGAGUGCAACAGCAACAAGGAGAACAGCGAGCAGCCCCUCUUCACUUCCAGAUCUAAGAAAACACCUUCCAAAGGCAAGAAGAAGGAUUCCUGCUCCAAACAUGUGCCAGGGAUGUCUUUGCAUUUGCCCCAGCCCAAGUUCCGUGUGGUGGACUCCUUCAGCCAGCCAGAUGCCCCUCCCCUCCCUGCUGCCUACUACCGGUACAUUGAAAAGCCUCCGGAGGACCUCGACGUAGAAGUGGAGUAUGACAUGGAUGAGGAGGAUCUGGCAUGGCUGGACAUGGUCAACGAGAAGAGAAGGGCUGAUGGUUAUGGGACAGUUUCUGCUGACACUUUUGAGCUGCUGGUGGAUCGGUUGGAAAAGGAGUCGUACCUUGAGAGCCGGAACAACGGGGCUCAGCAGUCCCUCAUCGAUGAGGAUGCCUUCUGCUGUGUCUGCAUGGACGAUGAGUGUCACAACAGCAAUGUCAUCCUGUUCUGUGACAUUUGCAAUCUGGCCGUGCACCAGGAGUGUUACGGUGUGCCCUACAUCCCCGAGGGGCAGUGGCUUUGCCGCUGCUGUUUACAGUCCCCUUCUCGCCCUGUGGAUUGUGUCCUUUGCCCAAACAAAGGGGGAGCCUUCAAGCAGACCAGUGAUGGCCGCUGGGCUCAUGUGGUCUGUGCCAUCUGGAUCCCAGAGGUCUGCUUUGCAAACACUGUGUUCCUGGAGCCCAUCGAAGGGAUCAAUAACAUCCCUUCAGCUCGGUGGAAGCUCACAUGCUGUAUCUGCAAGCAGAAGGGCAUGGGAGCUGCUAUCCAAUGCCACAAGGUGAACUGUUACACUGCCUUCCACGUCACCUGUGCACAGAGGGCCGGUCUCUUCAUGAAGAUUGAGCCCAUGAGGGAGACCAGCAUCAAUGGCACGACGUUCACCGUGCGCAAGACUGCCUACUGUGAGAGCCACUCCCCGCCUGGCACGGUGAGAAGACGGUCUCCAGCUGCUGGUGGUGAUGGGCAGGAGGUCACUGUGAAGGAGGAGGGAGAGGAGGAAGCCAAUUCUGGCCCUCCCAAAGGGUCUGUGAAGAAGAACCAAGUGAAAUUGAAGCAAAAGAUCAAAAAGGAGCCUGGUGAUGUGACCAAAGGGCGUUCAUCUGUGCCCAUGGUGACAGUUGCACAAAUUCCCUCUUACAGGCUGAACAAGAUGUGCAGUGGGCUCUCCCUGCAGAGGAAGAACCAGUUCAUGCAGAGGCUGCACAACUACUGGCUGCUGAAGCGGCAGGCGAGGAACGGGGUGCCCCUGAUCCGGCGGCUGCACUCACACCUGCAGUCCCAGAGGAACGCCGAGCAGAAGGAGCAGGAUGAGAAGACGAGUGCAGUGAAGGAGGAGCUGAAGUAUUGGCAGAAGCUCCGGCAUGACUUGGAGCGGGCUCGGCUGCUCAUCGAGCUCAUCCGAAAGAGGGAAAAGCUCAAACGGGAGCAGGUCAAGGUGCAGCAGGCUGCCAUGGAGCUGCAGCUGACCCCUUUCAAUGUCCUGCUCCGCACAACCCUGGACCUGCUGCAGGAGAAGGAUGCUGCCCAGAUCUUCACAGAGCCUGUUAACCUGAACGAGGUUCCAGAUUACCUGGAAUUCAUUUCCAACCCAAUGGAUUUUUCCACCAUGAGGCGGAAGCUGGAGUCCCACCUGUACCGAACCUUGGAUGAGUUUGAGGAAGACUUUAACCUUAUAGUUGCCAACUGCAUGAGGUAUAAUGCUAAAGACACGAUUUUCCACCGAGCAGCUGUCCGGCUCCGGGACCUCGGGGGAGCGAUUUUGCGUCACGCGCGGCGCCAGGCCGACAGCAUCGGCUUUGACACUGGCGUGGGGAUUCACCUGCCUGAGUCGCCCAAGCCCCACGACUUUUACCGCUUUUCUUGGGAGGAUGUGGAUAACGUCCUGGACCCGGAGAACCGGGCUCACCUGUCGCUGGAGGCACAGCUGAAGGAGCUGCUGGAGAAGCUGGACACGGUGAGCACCAUGCGCUCCAGCGGCGCCCGGACGCGGCGCAUCCGGCUCCUGCGGCGCGAGAUCAACUCCAUCCGCCACAAAUUGGCCCAGCAGCAGAGCAAGGCCCUGCCCAACGGGGACACUCUGCCACGGGAGGGGCUGGAGACAACAUCCAGGGAAGGGGAUGAGGAAGGGGAGAAAGAUGGUGCCAAGCUCCCGUACCCUCCAACCCUGGAGCCCACGGGACCUGCACCUACCCUCUCAGAGCUGGACUCUCUGCAGGACCCUCCAACACUCAAGCCCAUCAGUGAAAGCAGGCCCCUGAACCAGCUGCAGAAGAGGAUGGUGUCGGACAGGGAGCUCUUUGACAGGAAGGCUCUGCAGCACGAGAGCCAGGCUUUCCAACGCCUGCUGUCCAACAACGGCCUCAACGGCCUGGCCCUGCCCCCUGGGGACAGCCCUGCCAGCCCCGCCCUCAGCAGUGUGGGCCGCCGGACAUCGGUCCUUUUUAAAAAAGCCAAGAACGGUAUGAAGCUGCAGAGAGGUCUGGAGUGCUCCCUGGAGAACGGGGAGGAGCACAGGCAGGGCGGGCAGCGCUCACCCUCCUGCCCCGACGUGGAGCGACAGGCGCGGAAACGGCCCCAGAGCAGGAGCUGCAGUGACAGCAGUGGAGAGAAGUCACCCAGGCAGGCAGCACAGAGAGGAGUGACCAAUGGCUUUGCAAAACAUGCAGGGAGUGGCUCUGACUCCGAGUGCAGCUCUGCCCUGGGCAGUGGGCUGGUGUUUGAAGCCUGCAGUGGUUUGAUGCCUCCCAAGCGGAGUCGAGGGAAGCCGGCUCUUUCUCGGGUGCCCUUCUUGGAGGGUGUGAAUGGAGACUCUGAUUUCAGUGGCUCAGGCAGGCCUCUCCUGAUGUCCUUUGAGAGCCAGGCUGAGCUGGAGCCCCUGGAGCUCGUGUGGGCCAAGUGCCGUGGUUACCCCUCCUACCCUGCCUUGAUUAUCGACCCCAAAAUGCCACGUGAGGGUUUGCUGCACAAUGGGGUCCCCAUCCCUGUGCCCCCCAUGGAUGUCCUGAAGCUGGGAGAGCAGAGGCAGACAGAGGCAGGAGAAAAGCUCUUCCUUGUCCUUUUCUUUGACAACAAGAGAACCUGGCAGUGGCUGCCACGGGACAAAGUGUUUCCCCUGGGCGUGGAUGACACCGUGGACAAGCUGAAGAUGAUGGAGGGACGAAAAACCAGCAUCCGCAAGUCGGUGCAGGUGGCCUACGACAGAGCCAUGAUCCACCUGAGCCGAGUGCAGGGGGACAACCCCUUCAUCCCCACAGCCACCUACCUGUGAGGGGCUGCUGGGGCCAGGCCACCUGCUCCUCCACCCCUCCAGCUCACUGCACUGCAGCUGUCAGCACUCCUCUGAGUACCCUGAAAUGUGCCAAAAAAAACCCCUUGUCCAGCUUCUUCCUGAAUGUGUCUUGCUGAAGAGCUGGCAGGAGAUAAAAUGUAGUCUGCAGGGAGUAAGGUAGGUAGGAAAAGCUGACAGGUGACAGGAAGCCAAGGUGAGUUGCUGCAGUGAACAGAGCACACAGCACUUGGAUGUUUGGACCUCAUGCACCGUGCCCUGCCACUGCCAGGGUUUUGAGUUGUCAGCCAGUCCCACGUAAUUCAUGGGAACCUGGCAGCCCCAGGAUUCUUAACAGAAAUCCCAACUGGGCUUUCUUGUGCCAAAUUUACCUUAACCAUCAUUGGCCUUUUGAUUUUUCUUUAAAUGACACUGUCCUAUCACAUAAAAACCGCACAGAACGUAGCUGGGAGCUCUGACUGUGAUUCUCCUGCCUACACCCAUCAUGUUUUCAUGUUUAGAUUUCUCUCACUGCAUUUAGAAAAGCUUGAGAUUUUGGUAACCUUCCCCUCCUGCACAGUUUCAUGCACAGAUGCACAGAGCUUUAAAGAUGAAAAUCAAAUUACCUGAUCUGUGUCUAAUAUGUAUGUCCUAGAAAUGGAUUUUGUUGUUUCACAUUUCAGUUCUGAUUUCUGUGACUCUGCUUGUUGCAGUAACAUUUCAUAUCAUGACUUAGCACAGUACCUAAGAAAAGGUAACUUCCUUUUAAGAAGUAAUUUUGGAGGUGUCUGUUGAGCUGGAGAAGCUCUGCAGGCACUGAGGUUGAUCAGGGUUGGAAGGAGAUGCAUCUUUUGUGUUGGUUUAUGCACAUUUGGUGUAAGGCUCCUCUUCCUUUUCCCCCCCUCUUUUGUGUCUCCCUGUUUUCCUCUGCCACAUUUUGGACUGAAACCAAGCACUGACCAGAGCACACGACCCUUCUGCUAUUUCACCUUCUCCCACACGUGCACAUCCUUCCCUGGUGUGUGGGUCUCCAGUGCUGUCAUCCAGGUGAACCCAGACACUCCCUGUUGGUUUGGGUUAGCAUUGCAAAAAAACAGGGACAAACUCAUGUUUGGGAACUUGGUGACUAAAUCUUUUCUAUUAGCCAAGGACUUCAUGACUUCUCUGAUCUCUUCUGUUGCAUAUCCCUCUUUGCUUUCCCAUUUUAAAGAGCCAAAGGUGCAAAGCAAGAUUGUAGAUUGAAUAUCAUCAUUUUGCUUUUUAACUCAGUAUUUUAAAAUUAUUUUUAACUUUUUCAUACUGAAGAGAAUGUGGAGUCAAUAAUAAUUAAUGAUAAUGAAUAGUAGGGAGUAAUCACUGCCAUUUCUACUUGCUCUACUUUUUUAAAAUACCACUUCUUAUACAUUGGGGCAUGGAACUGCAUUUAAAGGAAUUUUAAGAUUCCUGUAACAUAUAGAGAUGGGCCAUAGGAGAUUGUAAAAAUAUUAAUAGUGAUAAUAACGCCCAUGGAGUGUGGCUAGGGAAGGAUGUUGUGUAUAUAGUUGUAAAAUGUUCUAAAUUAUUUAGACCUAUUGUCACCAUUCUUGAAGUCCUCAGUUGUGUUGCUGGGUCUUUUAUAUGCACACAGUGUAAUUUAUUUAAAGGAACAUACACUUUUCCAGGUGGUAGCUCAGCUGUGGACUAGUGACCUGUGUAUAUGUUUUAAGGUCUUGGGAGUUGGUAAUUUUUUUUUUCUGUUUUGUUUGGUCUUUAAAUGAUUUUAGAAUUUG